UCGCAAAGCACCGUCGCCUCUGUCAUCCAGAGACACCGCGAGGCAUGCACCGCUGUUCUCAGUGUGACUACUCCACUAGCAUAAGGUCGCGCUUAAACCAACACAUGCUGACCCACACCGCGGAGAGGCCGUUUGUGUGCGAAAUGUGCAACAAGGACUUCACGUGGCGCUCUGACCUCAGCGUUCACCUUAUUACGCACACUCAAGAGAGGCCUUACGAGUGCCCCGAAUGCGGCGAGCGCUUCAACAGCCCGUCUCACGUGAACCGUCACCGAAAGAGACACUCGAGCGACUCGAGGCCGCACGUCUGCCCUUACUGCGGCAAAUGCUACGCGAGGAGAGAUUACCUGAAGGUACAUGUGUCCACGCACACGACUGAGCGGCGGCACGAGUGUCCGGAAUGCCGUCGGAGGUUUACCGAUCCGAGUAACGCGAGGCAUCACUAUAAUUUUGUGCACGCCAAGAAGUAUCCUUUGUCGUGUCCUCAUUGUGGUAAAGGAUUUCCGAGUCGACGCGACGUGCGACGCCAUGUGCUCAGGGAACACGAAGGCCAAGAAAAGUGACUCUGUG